UCAACUCUGAGCUUGUGUGUGUACACACAUCCACACACUCAAUGCUGUAGUUCUACUGAAUCUCCACUAUCAGGCAAUGUAACUCCUCGUCUGGCCAUGACAGCCAACCUGCUCUGACUCACGGAGGGCAAACUUCUCCCACUCUUUCCAGCACUUUCUAGUUUACUCUUCUUGACACUCUGUAGAGCUGACUGACAACAUCCUAUUCCAAACCUAACAAGGAACCUUUUCUUCUUCACUUUAUCUCUUUUUGUUUUCAUCUCUGACUAGUCUACAAUUAUAGACAGAGGUUGGACUUAAGGAUUUUUUACUUUACUUUUUUUUAUUCCCCUGGUGGUGUGUAUGUACAUGAGUGUGUUUUAGUGUCUGUAUGUCAGUAUGCCAUGUCGUCCCCUGGCUCGUCGUUUGUGCAGAUAAAGCAUGAGGAUUUGCUUUUCUAUGAAAACUGUGGAGGAGGUAGCUUUGGGAGCGUCUACAGGGCCCUCUGGAUAUCCCAAGACAAAGAGGUGGCCGUGAAGAAGCUUCUCAAGAUCGACAAAGAGGCUGAGAUUCUCAGUGUACUGAGUCAUAAGAACAUCAUUCAGUUUUAUGGAGCCGUGCUGGAAUCUCCCAACUAUGGCAUUGUCACAGAAUAUGCAAGUGGAGGCUCUCUGUAUGAGUACAUUUCAAGUGAGCAGAGCGAAGAAAUGGACAUGGAGCAGAUAAUGACAUGGGCCAUACAAAUAGCCAAAGGGAUGCAUUACCUCCACGCAGAAGCUCCAGUCAAAGUGAUACACAGAGACCUCAAGUCACGAAAUGUGGUAUUGACUGGAGAUAAAGUGCUAAAGAUAUGUGACUUUGGAGCAUCUAAGUUUUUAUCUCACACCACCCAUAUGACUGUAGUGGGCACUUUUCCCUGGAUGGCUCCUGAAGUUAUCCAGAGUCUGCCUGUCUCUGAGACUUGUGACACUUAUUCAUACGGCGUGGUGCUAUGGGAGAUGCUGACUCGGGAAGUUCCUUUCAAAGGUUUCGAGGGGCUGCAAGUUGCAUGGCUGGUGGUGGAAAAGCAAGAGAGACUAACCAUUCCCACCAGCUGCCCUGCAAGUUUUGCUGAGUUGAUGAGGAAAUGUUGGCAGGCAGAUCCAAAGGAAAGACCACAAUUCAAGCAGGUGUUACUAACCUUGGAGUCCAUGGCAAAUGACAGCAGGCUGCCAGACCAGUGCAACUCUUUUCUACAUAAUAAGGACCAGUGGAGAUGUGAAAUUGAAUCAACCCUUGAGCGCCUUAGAAAGCUGGAGCGGGAGCUGUACUCCAAAGAGAAAGAGUUGGAGGAGAGGGAGAGGAGGCUAAGACUGUGGGAGGAGAGGCUGAUGGAGAGGUCCAACAUGACACCCAGCCCAACCUCUCUACUCCUGGACCGCUCAAACAUUUCACCAUUUUUCACACCUAUGACCAUCGGUUCCUCUGGCUCUUUCUUUCGCUCACACUCCCAGGACUCCAACAGCCUAAGCAGCGCAGGGGUUAGUAGCGCUGGUGUCAGCUGUCUCCUCCGCACGCUCAGCAAUGGAGACACAGAACGAGGAAGCAGCGCUGUGCUGGAGAGAGGGGUCGGUUCACUCGACAGCGGCAGACUGCAUGUCAUGCUGCGAGGUUUACAGGGAAGGUUUGAAGAUGAUGAGGAAGAUGAAGGAACUGUUGAGGAGAAAGAUUGGGGACAUAAGGAACACAAUGAUAGUGGGAGUCUAGAGGGAGGAAGAGUCCAGGUAACACUCAGGAGCUUCCCAGGAGGUGUUGUUGAGAGGAAGGAGAGGACCUGGGAAGAAGGCGACAGAGAGAGAGGAGGCAUGCAGAGAAGCAGAGUGACCACCAUAGUCCGAGGAUAUUCAGGAGGAUAUGGGGAGGCAGAGGGGGAGAGAGAGAAGGAAGUAGGUUGGGAGAUUGAAAAACUAGGGGACAAGCUAGAGGAUAGAGGGGUGGAAGGAGGGCUUGAAGGAAACAGGCUCCCAUCAAUGUUUAAAGGUCUCAGAGGAAGUUUUGGGAGCCUGGGGGAAAUGCUGUCCUUAGAUAUGGAGGAAAUGGGGGAGAUGGACAGAAUUGGCGACAUGGACAUGAACAUGAAUAUGGGCGACCUGGGAGUGAUGAAAGUGGUGGGUCAGGGUGUCAGGAGUGAAUUGGGCGUCAGGGGUCACCGAAGUGAUGUGGGGGUUGUAGUCCAGGGAGUAAGGGGCGACCUCAGUGAUGCCAUCAGUCAGAAGAUAAGAGGUGAAGUGGGUGUCAUUGGUCACUCUGGGAUGCAGGUGAGCAUGCGGGCAUCUUCUAAUCAGAACUCUGUGAAGAGCUGCAGCGUGCGACAUGGAACAAAGAUCAACAUGGCAACAGCUGCCAUGGACAUGAUGGAACUUGACUGGUCCGAUAGUGACUAGGAAACACAUGGGUAGAUACAUUCACAGCAAGCAAAUAUGGAAAAAUGGUUUAACUUCCUCACAUAGGCAGCAUUUGAACUACAGAUUGUGUCACAGUGUUCAGGUGAGGCAGACUUUAAUCAUUUUAAAUGAACAAUACACCCAUGUGAUUUGAUAGAUAGCAGAGUAAUCCAAACCCCUUUCAGACAAAAACUUUUUAAAAGGAAAGGCCAUUAAUAUUGGUCAGUGUUUUAAACAACAGUCACUCUAACAUCUACAGUAUAUCUUCUUUAAAUGCAUUGCAAUGCUUCAUACAGUUAAAUGAUGACUAUUACAGUUGAAUUGUCUCAUUCGUUCGAAUGGUACGUGCUGGUACACGCCUACGUCACAGAUAUAGGCUUUUGGCAAUACAGCUUCUUGUUGACUUAUUCCUCCAUAGCUAGUCAUCUUGUCCUGCAUUGCCUCAAUAGAACCUUCUUCGGGCAUUGCUCAGUCCAUGCCUUCAAACAAGAGGCUCAAUUUGGUAAGGCCCUGACCUUGUCCUUCACUGACAAUUGAAUAAAAAAAUCCACUAUCGCAAAAGAUUUGUCAAUCAUGUUCGUAACUACCAGUUAAGCUUGCUGCGAUGUCCAAAGUAGGUAAUACUAAAAGCUGUUUGGAAAACCUCAGAGUCAAGGUGACAGUCUUAAUUCCCUUAGAUAUGCACACUGGAAUGCAGUAAUAACUGCCACGCUAAUGUGCUAAACACAAAAAACCUGUUUUAAAAUUGCCAACUGUUAUCAUUUUAUCCCUUACAAAAACACUGCAACAACAUUUCUGUUUUUAAUAUAAAGUAACAUAGACCAUUCAAGGCAGGAAGGUCAUAUAAAAAGCUAGAUGUUUUUAUAUCUUUUCAUAUAAAAUCUUAAAGAGAAAUCUGAAUCAGCAAAAAAUGUAAAAAGCUUCACAAUAACUUGCGGUAGGAAUCUAUCUCCAGCAUGUUUGCACCUGUUCAUGCCUCGUUAGAAAGGUUAUCUUUUAAGAUGCUUAAAGUGACCUGUGUGUUUAUUAUGACAGGAAUCUGAUAUGUUUAAAAUGUGUCAGAAAAAUACAAACAAUUGUCUGAAAGGGGCUGGGUGUGUUGUCCUAGCAAGUCUUCAGACUGACUUCACCUGUGUAAUUUGAACUACUUCGAAACUGCUGCAUAACAUACUGUAAGAGGUACAAGUGUGAUGUACUUGAAUGCCACACUAAUGAGACAGCACUGUUGUUUGUUUCCCUUCUGCUUAUGAGGUAUUGUGUAGUUUAUGGAUUUGAUUUGAUAAACAUGCUUAGACUUUAUCUGUUCUAACUGUGAUUUAGUGUGAGAAUUUUUGACAUUUUUCUCUGUAUAUUGUAUCAUUUUUCAAUAAAAAGAAAACAUGGUUGAUUUCA